AUGGCAGUGUGUCAGGAGCUCAGUUUUAAUGUGGAUCAUGGAUACCUGGAGGGUCUGGUUCGAGGAAUGAAAGCUGGGAUUCUGACUGAAACUGACUAUCAGAACCUGACCCAGUGUGACUCACUGGAGGACAUGAAGCUGCAACUUCAGACCACAAACUAUGGAAAACUUCUGUCCUCAUCUGCAGAUGAUCUAACCGUGUCUCUGGUGGACACCAUGCUAAGGGAGAGCAUGGUGACUGAAUUCAGCUGCUUGCGCUCCAACGCCCUGCCUCCACUUUCCACCUUCUUGGAUUAUAUCAGCCUAGAACUGGGACGUUGUUGUUUCAAGGGGAAUUUGGGGAACGCCACGGUUUCACUGGAAGAAGUUGGACAGUCUUACACUGUUAAUGUGACCAGCUACUGUCCUAUGGUUCAGGGAACAAUCCUCCCUCAAUCCCUGGCCCUACAGGGGCUCCUGCUGGUUACUCCCUGCCUGGUGACCGUGUCCUCCUCCCUGAGGGCAGACAGCCACGACCUGUCUGUAGAGCUGAGUCAGUCCUGCAGGACUCCACAUCUCUCUGGGACCUUCACUCACUCCUUCCCUGGCCUAAAGAGUCUGGGUGUGCCACAGAUUAUGACUAUGAAGGCUACUUCUCCUGAAGGGCCAAAGGAGGCUGGAGCUCUAUUUAUCAAAGUGGGAACAUGCACCAUUAGAGCCAAAAAGGUUAUUGAGACCAGAGGAGUGCCACAGGGGCUAUGGGCUUUAGAGUCAUCAUGCCCAGUGUUACAGGCAUAUUUAGAGUCUUUCCACUCUUUCUGCAAGAACCUGGGCGGUGCUACAAAGAACACAAUGUGCCCCAUCCUGCAGUUUGAGGCAGACAGGCGGGCCCUCAUCAUCACAGUGAACUCCUUCGGGACAGAUCUGGGUGGUGCAGAGAGGAGUGUGCUGUAUCCGUCUUGUGGAAAACUGUUCCCUGAGGGACUCCAACUCCUUGCCAAAGCAGAGGACCACGAGCAGGUGAAAGCUGUAGCCGACUGUUAUCCCGACUAUAAGCUCAUUUUUGAUGAGCAAGAAUCAGGAUCAGAUUUUCGGUCUCUGGAAGACAGGUUUUUUGAACAAGAGGUGAAGCUGAACAUGCUCACUUUCCUGCAGCAGUUCAACUUUGGAGUAUUUUACUCCUACUUCAAACUCAAGGAGCAGGAGAUCCGCAACGUCAUCUGGAUUGCUGAGUGUGUCACACAGAGACAGAAGUCCAAGAUACACAACUACAUUUCCAUCUUCUAGGGAAAAGUAAAC